AUCAUACCAUAUAUUAUGAUAAGCGAAAAUCAACAUCCAACGGCCAACAACACAGCGGUGCGCUCUGGUGCAGUCUCACAUGUUUGUUUGAGUUGGGAUCAAUGCCAUUCUUAUAUUAAUGAUUACACGCCUGAAACACAAAUAUAAACUAAACGAACAUGAGGGUUACAGCGUGUCAUUUUCGCCGCUGCAUAAUAGCAGGACUAUGCAUAGCACUUUUAUUUUGUGUCAUACAAGUGAUACGAAUAGAGUUAGGAUUUAAUGAAUCUGAUAUGUCAAAUUUAAACAAAUUAAUGUACAUAUCACAAUUGAUCAAAGAAUCAGAACAGACUUACGUAAGAGAAGGUACUGUUGCGUGCAAGUUACCUCAGUUAAAUAUCUCUAGUCCAGAAAUAAUGAAAUUCAUACAUAAUGUACCACCCUUAUCUUGCGGACCAGAAGAUUGGGUCACAGUGGAAGGUUCAAGACUUGUUAUUGCUAAUAAAGCAAAGACGAAACAUGGACAAAUAUUAUGCACUUUUAGUGAAAUUAUUAGAACAGAUGACUACAAUACAAAAUUGUUGGACGGUAUAGAGGCUGAUGAUUUUUACAUUCUACGGGAAAGCGAUUUUGCAGAUGUCAGAUGCAAGUCAAAAAGCGGAGACGUGUGGCACAGUAUACUCGCUGGUGUGAAAUAUGAACCGUACAUCAAGCAAAAGCAUAAUUGGGAGAACGUGCCGAAUACGGGCCUGAAAUUGAACGUGCUCAUGUUCGGCUUCGAUUCGCUGUCGCGAAACACGUUCAUUCGUAAAUUGCCAAAAACUUACGGUUUCAUAAAGCAACUGAACGCUUUGGUGCUAGAGGGAUACAAUAUCGUGGGAGAUGGCACUCCGCAAGCGCUCAUUCCGAUUUUAACCGGCAAGAUCGAGCUCGAGUUACCAGAGACGCGAAAACGCAUUCACAAUGCAAAUUACGUCGACGUAUAUCCUAUGAUAUGGAAUAAAUACGAAGAACAUGGAUACAUAACGAGUUUUAUGGAAGACGUACCGCACAUCGGGACAUUCACUUAUCGCUUGAAGGGAUUUGAUAAGCAACCGACCCACCACUACAUGCGUACUUAUUACUUAGCCGCUUCUCCAUACUUUAAAACGUAUAAUAAAUUCUGCAUAGCUGGCACUCCACGUCAUGUGGUAAUGAUGAAUUACAUAAAAACGAUAUUCAAUACAUAUAAAAAGCAGCCAAAAUUCGCAUUUGGAUUUCAUGGAGAACUGUCUCAUGACUCUUACAACGAUAUCGGAGUGGUGGAUGACGAUUUAUAUUCUUGGGUAAAAGAUCUUAAUGAUUUUGGGCAUUUAAAUAAUACCAUUUUAAUCUUGAUGAGCGAUCAUGGACACAGAUUUGCGGAUAUUCGUAAUACUUUGCAAGGCAAGCAAGAGGAAAGACUGCCAUUUUUUUCCUUCAUUUUCCCACUAUGGUUCAAACAAGUUUACCCACAAGCAUAUGCAAAUUUCGUGUUCAACACACAGUAUUUAACGUCACCAUUUGACGUACACAGAACAUUGGAAAACAUACUUAACUUUAAUACACCAAAAGAUGGAGAUCGUCAUCAAAGAUCUAUCAGUCUGUUUGACAAGGUGCCUCUGGAUAGAACAUGCGCAGAUGCGUUCAUUGAGCCUCAUUGGUGUGCUUGCCUUGGAUGGAAAGAAGUCUCAAUUGAUGACACGAAUGUUGUGGCUGCUGCCAACUACUUUGUACAAUUCCUUAAUAGUUACACGAAAGAUCAUCAUAAUAUAUGCGCGAUACUACAUUUGGACGAAAUCUUAUGGGCUGCUAAAUUGAUACCUACUAAAGGUUUACUUAAUUUCCGAAAAUCUGGAGAUCAAGACGGUUUUAUAGGUGAUUUUAGUGCCAAAACCAAAAUAAUGACUGAAAUUUAUCAAUUGAAAGUAAGAACGGUACCGGGUAACGCGUUGUUCGAAGUUAGCAUUACUCAAGAUCUUGAAAAGAAAACUUUCCAUACUAAAAUCUCCGACAUUAGCAGAAUUAAUAUGUAUGGAUCUCAAGCGAGAUGUGUGGAAAACUCACUGUUUCAUUUACGCAAAUAUUGUUAUUGCAAAGAAUAGGUGACGCGCUUGAAUAGUUUUAAACAUUAUACAUUCAGGAAUAGCGUAAAUUUAAAUAAUCAAAAAGAAGUCUUGAUUAUACAUGCA